CUGGGGGCGACGGGCACAACCACCACACCUCCCCGGGAUUAACCACCCCAAGGCCCUGGGUGGCUUGACCCAGAUGGGGGUCACGACUUUGUGGGAGGAAAAAAAAGAGAGAGAUGGGGGAACGGGGGGCGCGCCGCCGUCGAUGGACUAGCUUGAUGCCACGGUACACGGGGGGCGCACCACCACCACCACCACGUUUGCCACCACCUUUACUGCUGCUGCUGCUGCUGCUGCUACCACCACCCGAGCAAGCCAGGCACACGAGCUGCCAGUCACCACUCUUGCUCCUGGCAACCUCACGACGGGGGGCAGGGAUACGAACAGCGCUCACUCGCACGCGUAGGCUGUCUGUACCAGGCAGGCAACCCAUUGUACCCCAACAGUAUCCGCAUGCCCUGCCAGUGGGUGCGUGAGUGAGUGACUACUCGAAUAAACGGGCUGCCCACCUCACACACCCCGUCCCCCCCCCCUCUCUUGUCUCGACUUCUCCAGAGACCGACGACGACGUGCGACGACUGACCACCAGACGGCGACGACGAAGACGACAGCUUGUUGGCAGCUGAGAGGACAAGCCAGCAGAGCAACCACCCAAGCACAAACCCUCGUCUCCUCCCUCCCCGUCCGUCAGUCAUCCCACGCCAUGUCUCCCGCUCACGACAGCGUCAAGUCGGCCGGCCAGCCGACCGUCGACCACGCCGACGCCGACGCCAUGUACGAAAAGGCCAAUGGCGGCAAGAUCACCGAGGUCCAGGGCAACGCCCACUUCCACGAGACGGUCACCGCCGCGCCCCUCGACCCGUGGUCCAAGACCAGUCUCAAGCUGUACAUGAUUCUGCUGGUCGCCGCCCUCAACGCGACGGCCUCGGGCUUCGAUGGCUCCAUCUUCAGUUCCAUCAACGCCAUGACGCAGUACCAGCAUUACUUUCACCACACGGAGCUGGGCUCCAGCACUGGCAUUAUCUUCAUGAUCUACACCAUCGGCAACAUGAUCGGCUCCCUCUUCACGGGUCCCAUCUGCGACAAGUUUGGCCGCCGCGCCGGCAUGCUGACCGGCGCCGUCCUCAUCGUCGUCGGCGCCGCCGUCCAGACCGCCGCCCAGAACGACGGCUACCUCCUCGGCGGCCGUUUCGUCCUCGGCUUCGGUGUCUCCAUCGGCACAUCUGCCGCGCCCACCUACGCCCUUGAGCUGGCCCCUCCCCAGUGGCGAGCCCGUGUCGUCGGCUACUACAACACCUUCUUCUACACCGGCUCCAUCCUCGCCACCGGCGUCGCCUAUGCCUGCAGCAAAUCCGAGGGCGAGAUCGCCUUUCGCCUGCCCCUCGCCCUCCAGAUCGCGCCCCCCCUGAUCAUCGGCACGGGCGUCUUCUUCAUCCCCGAGUCGCCUCGAUGGCUCACUAUGUGGGGCAAGAAGGAGCAGGCCGCGGCCAUCCUCGCCAAGUACCACGGCGGCGGCGACACCAACCACCCCAUGGUCCAGCUCGAGCUGCAGGAGUUUGAGAACAGCAUCGAGCUGCAAAAGUCGUCGACCGUCUGGAACUACUGGGCCCUCGUCAGCACGCACAACGCCCGCUGGCGCUUCACCAUGAUGGCCUUCAUGUCCGUCUUCGCCCAGCUCUCCGGCAACUCGGUCCUGACCUACUACCUGCCCUCCAUGUACAAGCUGCUCGGCAUCACCUCCACCGAGCGCCGCCUGCUGCUCACCUUUAUGAACUCCAUCGUCUCCUGCGCGGGCGCCGUCGCCGGUUCAGCCACCAACGACCGCAUCGGCCGCCGCACCAAGCUCUGGGUCGGCAGCAUCGUCCUCGCCUGCCUGUUCGCCGCCGUCACGGGCUUCUCCAGCCAGUUUGAGGGCGACAAGAAGCUCACGGCCAGCCACGGCCUGUCCAACGGUGGUAUCGCCUUUAUCUUCCUCUUCGGCUGUGCCUACUCCUUCGUCUACACUCCCCUCACCGCUACGUACUGCGCCGAGGUCCUCGACAACCCGACUCGUGCCAAGGGCAUGGGAGUGCACGUUAUUCUGUCCAACUGCGCCAACCUGUACAACACGUACGUCACCGCCAUCGCCCUCGAGGCCAUCGACUGGAGGUACUACCUCAUCUUUGUCGGCCUCAACUGCAUCUACAGCAUCGUCUGGUUCACUCUGGGUGUCGAGACCCGCGGCCGCACGCUGGAAGAGAUGGACGCCGUCUUCGACGCAAAGUUCCCGCCCCGGGCCGCGCUGCAGAAGACGGUCAUGGUGCGACAGGGCGACGGCCACCUCGAGGAGAUUGGCGGCCGCGAAGUGUAACUGUAAGACAAUGGGCAGCGAAAGCGAAACGCAUGUAUGUACUUUGGGUUUGUGCACUGGCGGGGGGAGCAUGCGAGCAGGG